AUGACAAUUCAUGACAGCAUCACAGAUCUUUCCAAUGCCCACAAACGAUUUUUCCUCUCCACCACGGCGAAAACAACCAAAAUCACCGCCCUCCACAUGACGCUACCUUUUCCGCAUCUUGUUCGCGGCAAGUGGAUCAACCUUUGCCUAGACCUCUCUUCCUUCCUUUCUGACCGCACGUUUCGAUGUCUUGACACACUCUGUGUUGGUGGAACGGUUCGGAUUCGGAGGAUUUUUACGGUGCUGCGACGUCCUGUGGAUAAUACCGGGAUAGAUUACGGGGAUGGAGGCGGAAACGAUCCGUAUGCAGAGGGCAUACCACGCUCAAUGGAUUUUUCACCGGGCGUGGAAUAUGUCACGCAGGUGCUGACAUUUGAGAGGGUGCAUCAAGGCUCAUCGCCACUGCCACCUCACCAACGACAUCAUCAACAGCAGCACCAACGUCCCAUCCGCAAAACCCGAUCCGCAUCCCUCCGUGCUCUGAUACGACCGAUACCUCCUCGACUCCCGCCCAUGCGGAGACUGGACCAAAAGACGGUCAUUGGUGUAUAG